CGAUCAAAUCAAUAUGAAAAAGAAAUGUAUUGAUUACCUAGUAAUAUUACAAUUUUUAUUGAUCCAUUCUAUGUAUGCAAAACAUUUGGAACGAAUAAAAGAAUCGGAAAUAGAACAUUAUAAACCAAUGUUAUUCAAUGAAAAGGAUUCGAAAAUUAUUGUUGGCGCUAGAAAUCAUAUCCUGAUUAUGAAUCAAACGGAUUUUGAAUCAUCCAUGUUGGAAGAUUAUGUUAGUAGACUUGACAUCGAAAAGAUGAAAAAUUGUUAUCAAAAAGGAGUUGAUCAGGAAUAUUGUAAUAAUUUUAUAACAACAUUAUUGCAAAUACCACCAAUCAUCAAUUAUACUAAGCAAGGACAGAUUUUAGUUUGUGGAACAUACUCCUAUUCGCCCGAAUGUCAAAUACGACAAUUGAAUGAUAAUUUCGAUAUAGUUGCUAAAAGUACAUUCAUCCAUUCACCACACUCACCAUAUUGGAAUACAACAUCAUUGCUAACUAAAAAGGGCGAAUUUUUCUUCGGCGGUCCACUUGAUUAUCGUGGUGUUGAUGUAACCAUUAUUAAACAAAUAAAUAUUCUACCAACCCAAGAGCCAGAAUAUGUACGAGGUAUACAAAAUAAUCAUUAUUGGAUCAAUAAGGAUGCUAGUUUUUUUGCAAGUUUUCAAUACGAUCGUCAUGUAUAUUUUCUUUUUCGUGAAUCGGAUAUAGAAUUUGCAAAUGUUGAUGGUCAUCAUGUUGUAUCACGAAUUGGUCGUGUUUGCACCAAUGAUACUGGUGUGGAAAAUUUUUGGACAACAUUCUUGAAAGCAAGACUGAAUUGUUCAUUGCCUGGCUCAUUACCAUUCUAUUUGAAUGAAAUACAAUCAGUCCAUUACAUUCAUAAUGAUAAAACAUACCGAUUUUAUGCUAUUUUCAAUACCCCACCAAAUUCAAUACAUGGUUCGGCUGUCUGUGUAUUUACAAUGAAAUCGGUUCUGAAAUCUUUUGAAGGUGCAUUCAGAUAUCAACCAUCACCAUCACAGUUAUGGCAACGACAAGAUGAUGAUCAUUCUGCGUUUAAUUGUCAACCGAUUGAUCAUGGAACGGUUAUCUUGAAUUCAAAAUAUCAACUAAUGGAUGAUGCAGUUCAGCCUAUCCAUAACAAACCAUUAAUAUUCACUAAACACGAACAUUUCAGAUUGAUUGUCACCGAUUGGGUUGUAACAAAAUUCGAUAAUUUUGUUCAAGUAAUAUUCAUUGCAACAAACGAUGGAAAGUUAUUGAAAUAUGUUCAAUGGUCAAAUUUGAAUGAAUUAUGUUUGGUUGAUGAUAUUCAAUUGAUUGAUCCGAAAGAAAAUCAAUUUUUAUCGAUGAAAUUCUAUCAAAAAACUGAUUCACUAUAUUUUGGUACGGAAAAAGAAUUCAUCCGGCUUUCGAUUGAUCAAUGUGAAAAAUAUCAACAAAAAGAGGAAUGCAUUCAUAGUGGUGAUCCAUAUUGCGGAUGGAAUCAAAUCCACGAGAAAUGUAUUCGAUCUACGAAUGAUAAUUUACAAGAUGAAAAUUUCAUACAAUCUGAUCGACCAUCAUGUCACCAAUCAUGGAGUGAAUGGUUUAUUUGCAGUGUUACUGAUUCGAAAUCAAUAGCUAAACAUGAAAUUUGUCAUUGUCGUCGACGACCAUGCCAGGCAGAUUCGAAUAAUGAUUGUUUUAAAGGAUUUGAAUAUGAAGUAACGGAUUGUAUUGUUUAUUAUAGUUGGACAAUGUUAUUUAUUUAUGUUAUCACUGCCGUCAUAUUAUGCUCAAUCUUAACAGUAAGCAUAUUGUUUUGUAUUUCCUAUAGUAAAGAUAAACCUAAAAAACCGAAAACCGAACCAAAACUAUCUUUCGAUUCAUCAUUUACAUCACCAACUAAUAAAAUAUUACCAAAAUCAAUAUUCACGCCGUUUAGACGUAUACCAACAAAAUUCAUCAAAAGUUUGAUUAGACCGUCACAUUAUAUUUCAUCAAAGAAAAAGCCAUUUUUUUCUCCUCGAUUGUUUCAUAAGAGAAGAGAUGUAGGCAAAAAUUUUCAAAGCCCAGCAAUCCAUCAACAACAACAAUAUUCAUCGAUGAUGGGGAAAGAUUCGACCAAUUUUCCACAUUAUCAACAAGUAUCAUCGUUUUCAUCAUCUUUACAUUGAGUACAUGUCAAAACAAAUCAUGUUUUUUCGAUUCUUACGAUUGGGCUAGAAGAACAA